GCGAUAUAUUUGUAUAUAAUUAUCACUCUAUUCAGUCAAAAAGUAUUAUUUCAAUACCUCUUUUUUAAAGGAUCGUUGUGUACUUAAUAUCAUUCGAUAUCAGAAGUUCGUUUUGAGAUGAAAGCGUGGGUUUCUGGUACUAUUAGCUGUCACGAGUGAAGCGUGUUUGUUUGCCAAAUUAGGCUUUGAAGCAGAACGUUGUUUUGUAUGUAAACUACCAAAAAAAGAGGAAAUCCGCAAAAAAAAAAAAAUCAGAUUGGGUGAAGAUGAACUUUCAAAAUGAAAAACAUUGCUAUUGAGUGUGUUCCCCAGUGAGCGUCGUUUUACCACCAUCUCUGUUAAACUUGCUGGUAUACUGUGUCACGGACAUGACAGAAGAGAUCAUUGCACAUAAUCACCUAGGACUUAAUAUCAUUGAGAUUUGUCUACGACAGACCCGUGUUGUUAGCAGUAAGUGGAAGUGAAACAUACACGGAAUGGCUCAUUUUGGUGAUCACCAAUGUGAAGGGAAUGAGUGCGAUUCAAAGACCGAUGUUUCAUUCUGUGUUAAGGAAAACCAGAUGCUCUGCGAGACAUGUGCUAAGGAGAAGCGACAUUCCAUCAUCAGCAAAGACGAUGGAGGCGAAAGCAAAUGGUUGUGCAAGGAACACGACGGACGAAUCAAAUACUUCUGCCAUACCCAUCAAGAAAUUGCAUGUCAGUCAUGUGCCACCAUCAAGCAUCAGGUACCUUGUGAGCUGAGUGAUGUAAACAGCCUGGUGAGAGAGGAACGAGAACGAUUCUCAGGAUUUCUGCCAAAGUUGGAACUCUCGAAAGAGAAGGUUGAUCAAUAUCGAAAGACGGUUGAUUCGCAUUCGGCAUACGCUGCCUCUCUCCUCAGAGGAAUCCAAAAGUAUGUCCUGGAAUCAUUUGCAGAAGAGACACAAAAGGUGGAAGAGGAAAAAUGGAAAAUGGACGAAACUGCCAAAGAAGAGGUCGAGGAAAAGAUUAAAGAGUUGCAGGACCAGCUUCAAGAUCAGCUGCAACAAAAUGAAAAGAAGGCCACCGCAAAGUAUCUGUCAAUCAAAGUUGAAGCAGACGCGCUCCUGUCGAAGUUAAAACAGUCGAUCGAAGAGGUGUCUGUCAUUCCGAAGAGGAUGAGAGAAAUAGCAAGGUGCAGAUCCCAAGGCAUUUCAGAGUUCAGAGAGAGGAUUGAGAUGAUGCUUCAGAGUAAUCCGCUACUGCUGGCGCAACGUCACCUAGCGACGGUGAUUGAAGAUCAUGUGGUGGUGAACCUUGAUUGCAGCGUCCUGGAAGAGCUGGAUCAGAUUGUUGAGAGGAUCUCGUUUACAAGAGAAGGUGGGGGCAGGGUCGGUGAGCUAAUAGGAACAGAAGGAUCUUGGAAACUUUCUGGAACCAUCGAACUUGGUACCGACAUAAGACUCCCUCUGCUGGUAGGAUCGGCGAAUGAUAAGGAGGUAGUGGUAUCUGACAUCAUGAAUAGGACAUUGCACGUAAUAAACCUCAAGACCAAGCAUGUAACACCGGUGAUGCAAUCGAGUAAUCUUGGGUGCGUAUCCGACUGCACAACGCUUGAUGAUAGUACUUUGGUAUGUGGAAACUUCUCCAAUGGCUCCGUCUGCUUCUUCAACAAAUUCUGGAGGCACCGGCGUGAAGUCCGCCUCCAGGAUCAUCCAACAACAUCGGGGGAGCCUGUAUACCUUGAUAUCGACCCGGAUGGUCGUAUCCUCGCAAUUCUGUACGGGCAGCCGCUCAUCUUCGUCGUCAAUGAAUCAGAGGGAAUUGUGAGGACUAUUACCUUGGCUCACUGCAAGACCAUUCUUGACAUCCAUUCCUUAGCUUCAGGAGACAUCCUCGUGCAGUCGGGUAUCAAUAGAUUUACCAUCUUCGACGUGAAGUUUGAAGAGAAGAAAGUGUUACAGCGCGCUCACUGGGAGACAGCUAGCUGUACCGUGGACAAGAAAACGAACCUUCUCUACUUCACCUUCAAGGAAUUUGGUAAGGAGUCCUACGCCAUAGACAUCUUAUCUCCUGAAGGUGAGGUGUUCUCCGAGAGAUGUGUCGAGUUUCCUGCAUCUCAUGUCACAGACACCACUCCUCGAUGCCAAUGCUUGAGUAAUGGCAAGCUAGUACUCUGCAACGGAGGCCAGCUCUUCUUGUUCAAGAAGAUCCUAGGUGUUAAAGACAUCCGGGUCCUGGACAGACUGUCAGCUGGUUCUCCUGUCCCUGUGAGAUUCAUCACGCUAGAUGAUACAGAGAGCAUCACAACCGAUAUGUUCGUAUGACCUGUUUGAUGACCGUUCUUAUCAUGUAUUCAAUAGGACUGUGUUUUCAAAAUAAGUUAUAUCAACCAUGGUGACCAUGGAACGGAGAACACUAAUUUUAAAGGUCAGCAACAAAGAUGUAAAUCCACAGACUCGUAUUGAUUGUCCAUUGAAAAAGGCGUACGGGCGUUAAUUUAUCACAGUUGCUGACGUCUCAUACCUUAAUAUAAAAUUUACAGUUUCUAAGUCUUGUUAUCAACAUAUAAAAAGAAAAAUAUAUGAAAUUCUAAUAAAACCGUCACUGCUAGAAUAUGACGUGAUAGUUGCCCUAAUAUUUGUAAUUUCACAUUUAAUGGCAGAAAAUAGGUCACUAAUGUGGGUCCCAGGACCAUUCUUGCCAACCCGUUAGGUAAUUUAAUUAAUCUUUCUAAGAACCCUCUAGAACACUUUGAUCAAACUGCGUCGUAGUCGGAUUGUGCUAUAAUCAGCGCAUUAUAAAGUAGUUUAGAAAUAUCGCUUGCGAGAUAAGGUUUGGCAGAUCUUCGUUAAAAUCUAUUUUGAUUUAUUGGGCAGUAUAAUCAUUGUUUUUUUGUACAUUAGUCUCACAUCUAAUAUAACCUCGAGAUACUUACAUUCUGUCACUCUUUUAAUUUCUUUCAUGGAUGCAGCUUCUUUUGUCACAUACCAUGCUCGAUUGAUUAUAUUUUCUUUUAUUUCUGUGCUACAAUAUCUUUUCUUGAAACAUUAUUGAUGACCCAUUCAAACAUUCACGAUUAGUUGCUACACUGAGCAUGUACACGGUUCACAAAAUAACAUGAUUAUAAAUUUAAAAAAUAAAUACUUUGAUCUAUAUAUAUAUUUUGCUUUUAAUUGCAUGUUAUAGGUUCUGCGUGUAGAAGUAUUAUUAAGGUUAAGGUGUUCGGUGGUAUACAUGUAUUUAUUUCAUUAGGUAUAGGUCAUACUACAUUGUUAUUGAUUAACGCUGAAUAUAUAUGAUUCUGAAAUAUCAAACGGAAUGGCUUUAUUUUUUUGAGUGAUAGAAAAAUAUCAGGAAAAGUUUAAGCAAAAUCAGAUUAAAAAUGUUUGAAGUUGUAAUCAAUGAAAAAUGAAGUCUAAAUUUGUGACGUAUCUUUCUUGGUCCUCUCCCAGUACCACUGAACUGAAAAAUCAUAAAUCACAAGUUUAUUAGUUCUUGAUGAAGGAAUAGAUUGGUUUCAUACUAGAGUUUUGUAAAAAAUAGAUAAACCAUAAUGACAUCUCGAUUGCACGUAUGCCUGAUCUUGAAUAAAAAGAAAACAAUACGUUGUGAUUUUUAGUACAGAACGAAAGGGAGAUGACCUCGAAAUGUCAAUUUGUUGGCAGUUUUUGUUUGAUUGAUUUCAGUUUCUGGUAAAAUGAAAAGGAAAUGAUUUUCAUCAUGACAUGAUUAAUUCAUUGGUGUCAAAUAAUGAAGGUGUUUUUGUUUUGGAGUCUUUCGUGUUAACUACGAGCCAGUUAUAUCAGAAAGUGUAAAUUUAUUUUAACAUAAAUCAAUGAAGGUAUACGAGCA